GCGCUGUUUCGGUUGUUAUCAAAAUCCAGUCUCGUUAUCAGUUAUCACUUACGAGUUACGAGUGCGCCGACAUGAAAUAAUGUUAUUCAUAUUAUUACACAUAAUAACAAGUAACAACAAUAAUCUUCGUUCACCGUUGCGAUUUUCAGUUAUGAUCGGUCCGCCGAAAUAAUAUUAAUAAGACAACCGUAGUUGUUGGUCCGCUCGGCCGACGCGAUACAUAAUAAAAGCUAACAGUUAUUCAUUAGCAGUAAGUAGGCUAAAACUGUCGACUGUCGAGAAUUUUCUUUUUUUUUGUUAAUGAUUGUGCGCCCCGACAAUCUCGAUACCAAACGAUCAGACUACUGCUGUCAUGAUGGACAGAAUUUCGUCGUGAGACAGUUGUCGCAGAAAUAAUAAUUAUCAUUGUCUUCUGUCGACGAUCGUCUAAAAUGAUUGGACCGCCGUCACAUUCCACCCAUCCGGAUAUUGUAAAGCAUCAAUAAUACAGUUAUUCAUCAUUCAAUUAUUCAAAUGACUAUUAAACCAGUAUGAGAUUAAAUAUAAGAACCCUCUUUUUAGUUCUUUCUACGUUUAUUAUAAUAUGCACAGUGUCAUUAUGGUCCAAUUGCUCAAAUCAAACAUUUGAUACAUUUUCAAAGAAUAUCAAACCUAAUUAUGAACCAUUAGUCCAAAAUAUAAAGCCAAUAGACUGUCUCAUUAAUGGAAAUAACAUUCAUGUGGAUUGCCUUUUAAAAAAUAGCACAGUUUAUAUUCCAUUUUCAUUUCUAAAAAUUUAUUUUGAGGUUUAUGGAAAAAUUAUUGAAACUGAUGAAAAUAAAAAAAAGUUUCUUUGGUCACAUAGUUAUUCCAAAAUAUAUCAUCAAAAUGGAAAAUAUGACUCUCGGGGUGUGUUUACUAAUUUCCAAAAUUAUAAAGUUGAAGAAAGAGAUCGCGUGAAAUGUGUUAGUGCUUCUGAAGGAGUGCCAGUAUCAACUCAGUGGAAUCCUCAUGGUUAUUAUUAUCCAACACAAAUAGCUCAAUUUGGGUUAUCUCACUAUAGUAAAAAUCUUACUCUACCAUCACCAAAAAUAAGGGUUUUAGAAGAUGGUCAGUUAAAUCCUUUGUGGAAUAUUCCUGAAACUUCAAAAAUACAAAUAGCAUUUAAUGCACAAGUCAAUAGUAAUGUUAUUGAUUUUUUCAGUACUGAUAAACCAAUUUCAUUGAAAAUUGACAGCAAAGAGGAAUUUUUCAUUAGUUUUGAUGUAGCUUUAUCUUUAUCAACAAGUAGUAGUAUUGUUAUCACUAUAAAAGAUUUAAAGGAACAAAACGAAGUAUGGAAUCUGCAUUAUAUAUGUUCUAAAACAUUUAUAUUUGCAAAGGGUCAUAAUAUUUAUCAUGGAAUGAAUUGUGGUAGAGAGUUUGGUUGGAAAAAAUUGACAAGAAAUAUAUUAAUUGACUUACAAAAGGGUUUACAUGUAUUAAAAAAAACAACAACAAAAAUGUUUCGUUCAAAAUAUAAGUUGUGUGAUUUUAAACUAUAUGGUGUUGGAUUCUUGGACAACCUGACACUUAGUUCUAGUGAUCAUAUUAGUCAAUUUUAUGCUGCUGCACAUUGGUUCAAUAAACAUCAAGAUAAAGAGUCUGGUGGUUGGAUUAAUCCUGUUACUCGUAAAAUAUCUCCUGUUAUAAAACCAUUAAAGCCAGGAUGGUUAUCUGCUAUGGGUCAGGGUCAAGCAAUAUCAUUGCUCUCUAGGGCAUUUCACCAUUCUGGUGGCAAUGAAGUGUACUUAAAUACAGCUCACACCGCUUUAAAACCAUUUAAAAUUGCAAGCAAAAAUGGUGGUGUUUUGUCUAAAUUUAUGGAUUUACACCCUUGGUAUGAUGAAUAUCCUACAGUUCCACCAAUAUUUAUUUUAAAUGGUUUUAUGUAUUCAUUGAUUGGAUUAUAUGAUUUAUUUUCAUUGGCUCCUAAUGGUUCGAAGGUUUCACAAGAAGCUUAUUCAUUAUGGAAACAAGGUAUGACAUCAUUAAAAAAUCUGUUGCCAUUAUUUGACAUGGGUUCAAGAUCAGCAUAUGAUCUCAGACAUGUAACACUUGAUAUAGCGCCAAAUAUUGCUCGAUGGGAUUACCACGCUACACAUAUCAACCAACUAUUGUUAUUGUCAACGCUGGACAAUGCAACAGUUAUACAAACUACAGCCAAAAGAUGGAUUGGUUAUAUGAAUGGUGCUCGUGCAUCACAUAAUUAAGUUAUUUACACUAAGAGUAUUGAACAUAAAAUUAGUAAAAUAUAAUUAAGAAAUUGUCGGGAAAAAAGUAUGGCUGUGACAAUUUUUUUUUCCUAAAAAUGUUGCAUUUUUAAUUAAUUUUAUAUUUUUAGGGGAAAUGUGCAUUAAUAUAAUAACUAAAAAAUUUAAUUUAAAUGAAAAACUACAAUUUAAACAUUAAAAUCAAGAGUAAACAGGAAGUUUAACAUUUAGUUAGUGAAAUGGUUAUUUGUUUUAGAAAUAAAAUCUGUAAUGCUUAACACAAUAUUAUUAAAUUGUAUGGGAUUUGUCACUAAAAAUAUCAAAUAUUCAAUAAUUGAUUAAUAUUCUGAAUUCAGUUUUAUCAUAUACCCUAAUAAUUUAACAUACAUUUUUUAAAUUUUGUUGAAUUAAUUAAGUUUUCAUUACAAUAGAAAAUUCAGUGAUUAAUUUUCACCUAAUCAGUAUUAAAAAUAACAUAAUACUAAGAAGCAACUUAUACCUAUCAUACAUAGACUUUUUUUUUAAACAACAAUUAAUUUAAAUAAAUAAUUUAACUCGGUUUCAAAAGUUUUAUUAUAUAAUUAUUAUAGAAACAUGAAAUAUCAUAAUAUACUACAAGAUAAAUAAUGUUUAAAAAUUGUUUUAUUCCUAUCAAUUUUUUUUUAAAAAUUUAAUAUUAAUAUUACUUACUAUAAAUACUAACAAAGAAUUAUUUCAUGAAAAAUAAAUAUCAGGGUUCCUCUGUAUAUUAAAAGGUAUAUGAAAUAUUCUUGUUCACGCUAAAUAUUCUGAUAUAGCUUAUAUAUAUAUAUAAAAAAAAUGUUGAUAGUGAUGCUGUUAUUAAUAAUCAUUUGAUUCUGAUUAUAACGUCAUUUAAUAAAUUAUAUUUUGCAAAAAAAAAAAAAAAUACUAAUUAAAUAUUUCAUUGUAGUAUUGACUUUGAUAAAACCACAAAGCAAAAAAAUGAAGCAUAAAAGUAUGUUAUUGUAAUAUGAUUAUUAAUUAAUAGAUAAACUAAUAAUUAAAUUAAAGAGUUUGAUAAAAAAAAAUAAAAAUACUCCUUAUGUUGAAAUCAUAUCUACUUAAUCGAUAAAUCGAAUGUGUAUUAAUGAUCAAUGUUUAGAUUAGUCAUUAUUAAAAAUUAUAUUAUUCUGAAAGGAAAAACCUAGUGUAGUUGAUUAAAAAAUAUAUAUAUUUAUUUAUAUAGCAUGUUUUAAUUUAUAAAAAAAAAAAGUAUUAUUGUUAAAAAGUAUUUACAUUGGUAUUAUUUUUAUUUUAACAACUAUAUUUUAGUUUUAAUUUACUUCCAAUAAAAAUAUGUACCAAAUGUAAUGUUACUUUAUGAAGUCUACCUAUACAUGUAACUGUUCUGUUUUUAGUGAUUUUUUAAAUUUUAAUUUUGCUGUUAUAUGUUUAUUUGUCAGAUGAUUAUCAUAUAGUAUUACAAUUUACAAACAGAACCGUUGCAAGUAAAUUUAUAAUUACACUCCAUUAGAAUUAUAGCGACAAUCAAAAUUUAUAAUAACACCUUAUUUUUAUACAGUUUAUAUUACUACUACUAUUAACUUCAAAACUAUACACUAUAUGAUUCCCAUUGCUCUUAACUUGCCUAUAACUGCACUAGUGAUCUCAUAAUUUAUUAUAAAAUUAACUAUGUUUAAGAAUAGUAAUAACAAUUAUUAAUUUUAGAAAUUAUUGUAAUAUGCUCUAUAACUGUAUGUAAUUAUACUAUAUAAUACACAUAUAUAUAUGUUGUAAAACUGCUAAAAUCAUUUGAUUUUAUUAAUAUUGAUAUGUAAUAAAUAUUUGUAUCCACUAUUAA